AUGCUCUCUUUCUCCUCAAAAGCCACUUUUGUCUUUCUAUUCUUGGCCCUUCUCCUAUCUACAGUAUCCGCUGGAUUGAUGCAUCGUGAUCGUCGUGCUAUCGAAGACUACUGGUACUCGAAUGGAGUCGUCAAUAAUAUGGUAUCCGACAAUAUGAUUGGAGGAUCCACUUCUCUCGGAUGGGCGCAAGUUCCACAUAUUUAUAGUCCAAUGUUCUCACCAGUGUUCGGAAAAUAA